AUGCGCAAACAAGGCCAACAUAUAGAAUAUAUAACCAUCGAGAAUCCAGCUAUGGAGGAUACAUCACACCUCAAAACACCACGAAAGAUUUCAGAUAUGGAGAUAAUACACACGACGCACGAGCGAGCAGUCUCGAGUGGUAGACCUUCGUCCGCUCAGAACACACCAAAAGUCCCAACAAAGAAAUUCUACCAGCGAUUAUCGACUGGGAAGUCAGACGAACGAGGGCCGAGAUCGAGAUCAAAUGAUCCACCCAGGGAUACUUUCUGGCCGACAUAUCCGUCGCAUAGUAGAGCUGGGAGCGAAGAUUUACCACGACCUAAACGACCAAGUUCGCGGAAGAGGGAGGGCGGAAAUACGGAUUUCCACAAGUUGCUAAGAUAUCAACAGGAUAUGCGAGAGGGGAAUUUAGAAAAGGCGGAACCACCUGCAGAUUAUCGACCUGAACAGCGAGGACGGUUAGCACCACCACGACCAGCCGGUGGAUUCAGCUCAGCGCCUUCGACCAGACCAACGACACCUCAGGUCUUACACCGUAAAACAAAAUCUUCGUCCAAGAAAUUCGUCGACUAUAUCCGUACGAGUGCGGAUUAUCUGGAUGAGACGCGACGCGAUAUUACCGGGAAGAUAAGUCCACCGUUUAAUGGCACCUUCAAAAACAAGCCAUUUACGUUGCAUCGGAAAUCGUCUAGUACUUCUGUUGAUUCGUUUUAUUGCGCUGGAGAACAGGAGAAACAGGGCGAGUGGCCGGCGAUUGCAAAGUGUAGACUUUGUAAGGUUGGGUCGGAGGGUCCUAGAGGUCUCUGUGCUUCAUGUGAGGAUGAUCAUCGACGACCAAGUUUAGGCUCAGACGACUGGGAGGUUCCACGAUUGGGAUCUGGUAGUGAUUCUGGCAGUGACAGAAGACCAACUCCUCCACCGAAAGAUCAAAUCUAUUUUACUGCAUCUGGUCAGCGAGUCCAUCCGUCGACGCUUGAAUUGGCGGAAGAUGAGAUGAGAGUCAAGUUGGGAUAUGUUGCAAAGCAUCAUAGAGUCAUCACACCACCGUCAUCGAGGAGAGGAUCCAUUCCGAUCAUGAUAAUGGGAGACGAGAUCGCUGUACAGGAUGCGGUACAUGAAGAGAGUGCUGCAAAAAGUUCGAAUACAUGGUCGACGAUAUAUGGGAGUGGGGAUUUCGAAUAUUUCGAGAAAGAAGAUCCUGAACAACUUCCCCAGCAACCACUGCCUCUGAAGCUCACAAAGGACCAAGAGAAAGUUCCUUGCAAUAGGAACACUAAUUUCUACAAGUUUUACGACGACAUAUUAUGA